UGUAGUAUAACACAACAUAUAACAUUUUCUCUAUAAUCUCGUUCAAAUAAAUCAUUUGUUUUAUCAAAUAAAAUAUAAUAAUUAACAAGUUGACUUUUCUUGAACUAGACCCAAGCCUUAUCUAUUAGGCUUGUGCGAUAACAUGGGCUCGGGCAUGAAUACACCCACAUACCCCAAGUGACUCACCGCAAGACUCCACCAAACAGGCCCGUGGAUAGCCGUUGUUCGACUGGAGAACAACGAUUUAUCAAGGACCCUUCCCUGUCCUUGCACAGUAGUCCGUCGUCCAUUAAAAACUAUCGGAUUCUUGGUAGCGAUCCUGGAUUAUGAUAAAAGGACUUUGAUUGACUCUUCGCGAUGGCUGCUCGCGGGAAUCUCGCCACUCUUGCUCUUCAUGCUGAUAACGAACUACCUGAAGAGUCUGAUGUUGCGCCUCCAAUACACCUCAGUACAACCUUUCGGUAUAUAAACCAAGUCAAUAACCAGGAAGCUCCAGAGGGACCUGUUGUUGGGCCAUAUAUCUACUCUCGCACCCGUACCCCAACCCGCACUCGAUUAGAAGUUGUGCUGUCCGCUUUGAUUCAUGGUCCCACGCUGACCUAUGCAUCUGGUGUGGCUGCCGUACACGCCUAUCUUGUCUUUCUGAAGCCGAAGCGAGUGGCCAUUGGACCGGGCUACUAUGGAAGUAGAAAUGUCGUUGAAUUGCAUCGGCAAUUGACAGGGUGUGAGAUCCUCGGCUUAGAUGACCUCGAUGCACUCCGCGAGGGUGAUGUGAUUCAACUAGAGACACCUGUCAACCCGACUGGCGAAGCAAUUAGUAUCGAGUAUUUUGCAGGGGAGGCACAUAAGCGUGGUGCCUAUCUGGUCGUAGACUCGACAUUUGGCCCUCCCGGCAUCCAGGACCCUUUUCUCUUUGGUGCCGAUAUAAUCAUACAUAGUGGAACAAAAUACUUUGGAGGUCACCAUGAUCUACUCUGCGGGACAUUGAGCAUUCCGCCUGCUCGAGAAAGUGAAUGGUUCGACAAACUACAUUCACAGCGCACUAUUUUAGGUAGUGUUCUCGGCAGUGUUGAGGUAUGGCUUAGCCUUCGAAGCCUUCGAACUCUAGAUCUGCGAGUCAAGCGUCAGAGCCAGAAUGCGACGGCUUUGGUGCAGUGGAUAGAGGAUCAGCUGAAGAGUCAAGAAAAAAAUGUUGUCAAGAGGACCGUAAGUGCGGUCAGACACGCUAGCUUGCAGAUUGAAGAAAUGCAUUGGUUGCGUCAACAGAUGCCGAAUGGGUUUGGGCCUGUAUUUGCUCUUGAAAUGCUGGAUGAAGACAUGGCUCGUCGAUUGACCGGGCUGCUGAAGCUCUUUCAAAAUGCAACCAGUCUUGGAGGAGUCGAGAGCCAGCUGGAAUGGAGGAGAUUAGUCGAUCCAUCUGAGAAGCCGAACCUACUUCGUGUAAGCGUUGGUGUGGAGGAUCUAGAAGACUUGAAAGCAGAUCUCCUUGAGGCUUUUAUAGCUCUAGACAAGAGUGGCUCUUAGACAACAAUCGAAGUUGCCAACGUUCCUCGAGGACGGCCAAGCAAAUUCAUACAUGUAGUAAAGCAAAUCAUACUUGUUGUCGCAAGUUGAGUAGAUUUCUUGCAAGCUCGGAUAUCAUUUUCUAUAUAACAGGCAGAACAAUUGUAUGGACAUAGACGAC